AUGGGAUGUUAUUUCCAAACAGUGCUCUUACUUCUCAUCACUGUCUCAUUCUCCUUACUUACCGAAUCUGUUAAACCUAACCGAAUGGCUAUGAAGCUGAUACACCGUGAAUCGGUGCCCCAUCUCAACUCAAAGGCUCGAGUUCCGGCAAGUCUAGAGGAUCAUAUCGAACACCUGGCAGACAUUUCAUCAGCUCGGUUUAUAUAUCUAAAGAAUUCGAUCGAUAAAGAGCUAAGCAACAGCGAUUUCCAAGUCAAUGUGCAACAAGCAAUCAAGACAUCACUGUUUUUUGUGAAUUUCUCGGUAGGACAGCCUCCGGUACCACAGUUCACCAUCAUGGACAGUGGAAGCUCACUUUUGUGGAUCAAAUGUCUUCCCUGCAAACAUUGCUCAUCAGAUCAUACGUCUCCUUCUGUCUUCAAUCCGGCAUUGUCUUCAACAUUUGUAGAAUGUUCCUGCAACGAUCCCUUUUGCAGGUAUGCACCAAACGCACAGUGCGGCUCUUCAAACAAGUGUCUUUAUGAACAAGUGUACAUAAACGGUGCUGGCUCAAAAGGUGUUCUUGCUAAAGAACAGUUAACGUUCAAAACACCUAACGGAAACACUGUUUUGACCCAACCUGUUGCUUUUGGUUGUGCCCAUGAGAAUGGAGCUCAGUUGGAGAGUGAGUUCACAGGUAUUUUGGGUUUAGGAGCAAAACCAACUUCGCUGGCUGUACAGCUCGGGUCAAAAUUCUCUUACUGCAUCGGUGAUUUAGCUAACAAAAACUACGGUUUCAAUCAGCUGGUUCUGGGUGAGGACGCAGAUAUUCUCGGCGAUCCAACACCCAUUGAGACAGAGAAUGGUGUAUACUAUAUGAAUCUUGAAGGGAUUAGUGUUGGGGGGAAACAACUGGAUAUCGAACCAGUGGUAUUCAGAAGAAGAGGGCCAAGAACAGGGGUCAUACUCGACUCGGGGACAAUCUUCACUUGGCUAGCAGAUAUAGCAUACAGAGAACUCUAUAAUCAAAUAAAAUCCAUUCUGGAUCCACAAUUAGAGAGAUUCUGGUUCAGGGACUUCCUGUGCUACCACGGAAGAGUGAGCGAAGAGCUAAUAGGAUUCCCCGUGGUGACAUUCCACUUUGCAGGCGGAGCUGAGAUGGCUAUGGAGGCCGCAAGCAUGUUUUAUCCGCUGUCAGAAUCGGACAACGUCUUUUGUAUGUCGGUGAAGCCAACGACAGAACAUGGAGGGCAAUAUAAAGAUUUCACAGCUAUUGGGCUAAUGGCUCAGCAGUACUAUAAUAUUGCUUAUGACCUCAAAGAGAAAAACGUCUAUCUCCAGAGAAUUGACUGUGUUCUACUCGAUGACUAUUCCCCAUCGUGA